GGAUCCCUCCGUGAAGGCUUUGGUCGGCUUCGCUGUCCGAUCUCUGGCUUACCCCCUUGGGCUCCCUUCAGAAAGCUGUAGGCUUUUAAUUCCCGUUACUAAUAUCAAGUGUGUCUUUCAUUUCCGGGUCCUAUGACUUAUCAGGUGGUUGCUGGGCGGCAUCAGGAGGAGGAGGAGAAUUAGUAAAGGGGAAAGAAAUUCUGUUGCAUCUGGCCCCCUGCCCUCUAACCAGCCCAGUCCACUCCAGCGCCUCGCAGGAAGCUUAUACAUGAGCGAGAAAGCAGAAGCUGUCUAAGUUUAGAGAAAAAGUUGUCAGUGUCCGUCUCAGCAUGGCCGGGGGCUCGGUGUCUGAGUGCAAGGAGUACUUGUUCAAAGUGCUGGUGAUUGGGGAACUAGGCGUCGGGAAAACCAGCAUCAUCAAACGCUACGUGCACCAGCUUUUCUCGCAGCACUACAGGGCGACGAUCGGGGUCGACUUUGCGCUUAAAGUGAUCAACUGGGACAGCAACACGCUGGUCAGAUUACAGCUGUGGGACAUCGCAGGUCAGGAACGAUUUGGGAACAUGACGCGAGUGUACUACAAAGAGGCAGUGGGGGCAUUCGUGGUGUUCGAUGUGACAAGGGGCUCCACGUUUGAGGCAGUGUCUAAGUGGAAGCAUGACCUGGACAGCAAGGUGAAGCUAGCUAAUGGCAACCCUAUCCCUUCUGUGCUGCUCGCCAAUAAGUGUGACCAGAAGAAAGAGAGUGCCAACAACACGGCCCUAAUGGACAAUUUCUGCAAAGAGACUGGCUUUCUGGGCUGGUUUGAAACCUCAGCUAAGGACAACAUCAACGUGGAUGAGGCAGCGCGUUUCCUGGUAGAGAAUAUCUUGGCUAACGACAAAGGUUUGCCAUAUGAGGAGAGCAAUGGAGACCGGAUCAAACUGGACCAGGAGACUGUGGCUGCUGAGAUCAAGUCAGGCUGCUGCUAACACUCAGUCCAUUCACAUUAGCCGCCCGCUUCCCCUUGGCGGUGUCCAACACGUUCAUCCAGCCUGUGGCUCUCAGCCCUCUUCUGCAGUCUCUCUGAGGAAUAUGAAUGUUUGGGUCUUCAAAGCUCCAGGAUUUUUUCUCCCUGCAGUGAUGCCCAUUUGACCUGCACGUCCAAUCUUCUCACUGCAGCUUUCCCUAUAGGCCAGAAUAGAAAACCCAAUUUUAUCUAGAUGUUGUCACUGCCUCUACUUGGCUGUUGCCUUCUUUGAUCCACACCUCUAAACCACAGGAUUUUUCUUAUUGUGCUUGUCUCACUGCAUUUUUCCCUGAUUGUCUAUUUCACCACCAGCCCUCUACACUUGAAUCUGUCUGCUCCCCCUGUUGCCUCUGAAGCCCUGAACUAUACCACAUCUGAGAAGGGGUGCAAACUAUGCAGAAAGUUGAGAAUUUUGUCACUUUUGUCUGUUCUCUUACAGCAUCCUUGUCAUUCAGCAUUUAUCUGUGAAACAAGACACUUUAUUGUUCAGUGUAUACCUAACAUAGGUGAUGCCCCUUAAACAAAAUCUUUUACAGCACAAUCAUGUUUGUGUUUCCAGCUGUUCUUUAGACUACUGUGUAAAAAGUAAGCAAACGAACAUUAUCAAAGUGUUAUCGUAUCUCAUAUUACUGUCAUGAAUUGUUGUCUUUAAGUCAUAUUGUUCCUGAAAUAAUGCGUAAUUUUUUUUAUCAUGUUAAUUAGCGAGGAACACUUUUUGUUGUUCACUAAAACAUUUACGGACAGACGGACAAUACAGCAUUCCAGAAAAAAACUCUAAUAACAGUACUAUAUGAGACACUGACAAAUGUUUGUUUGAUUGUCACUGGUAUGAAAAUGUUGAUCUGAUUUGCAGUAUAUAUUUUUUAAAAUCUGUUGGGUCAUGCAUUAUAUAAGCGGUGAGAUGUCAUAAAACAGAAUCCGACAGAGGACUACACUGUCUUGUACACAGGGUUGGUAAUCUGUUAAAGUGUUCAGAAGGAAUAUGAAGAUUUUCUUUUAUACAUGGAGUUAAGAUUACGUUUAUACAUAGAAAUACUUUAAAUCUACUAGACCAACAUGGAAUAAACAUUUUAACAAAUUUG